AUGCCAGACAACGGUCACACUGGCGAUGUCGAGCAGGCUUCUGCCUCGUCUCAUUCCGGUGAGAAGAAUAUAGUUGCAGCUCAGAACGUUGUGGCUGCGGAUGACCCCAAGGACCCCGCAGCACCCUCGGCACAGGUUUCCGGGAGGCGACAGAGGCUGUCUGACUUGUUUACCAUUAUUGCUGCGGGUGCAGGAUUGGCUUCUGACGGAUACCAGAAUAACUUGAUGACUAUGCUGAAUGUGCUGUUCGCAAAGGAAUAUCCCAAUGUCUACACUUCAGCCGUCAAGACCCAAGUCUCCAAUGCGCUGCUUGUGGGCGAGGUUCUCGGCCAAGUUGUCGUUGGUUUCUGCUGCGACUACUUGGGCCGCAAAUUUGCCAUCGUGCUGACAACACUCAUGGUCAUCAUCGGCGGCAUAUUAGCCACCGCUGCUCAUGGUACUACAACCUUGGGGAUGUUCUGGAUGCUGACCGUGGCCCGUGGUGUUGUUGGUUUCGGCGCGGGCGGUGAGUAUCCAGCCGCAUCAACCAGUGCCAGCGAGUCUGCCAACGAACGCACCCCGAAGAAUCGCGGCCCCAUCUUUGUUCUGGUCACCAAUUUGCCUCUGUCCUUCGGCGGACCGCUAGCUGUUAUCGUCUUUCUCAUUGUCAUCUCGGUAGCUGGUGUCAACCGUCUCUCGACGGUAUGGCGCGUCUGCUUUGGCAUCGGCUGCGUCAUUCCUAUCGUCAUCUUCUACUUCCGUAUCAAGAUGCUCAACUCCAAGCUGUACCGCCGCGGAGCUAUCAAGAAGAGAGUGCCAUACCUGCUAGUGCUGAGAUACUACUGGAAGAGCCUGAUCGGUACUGCUGGGGCUUGGUUCCUUUAUGAUUUUAUCACCUUCCCGAACGGAGUGUUUUCGGGCACCAUAAUCUCGAGCGUUGUCAAGAACUCCGACAUCGUCAAGACCGCAGAGUAUCAACUCCUGCUCGGCGCCAUCUCCCUUCCCGGCGUGUUCAUCGGGGCCUACCUGUGCAACAAGAUCGGCCGGCGCAACACCAUGAUGGUCGGUUUCAGCGGCUACCUGGUCUUCGGGCUGAUCAUCGGGUGUGCCUACGACCAGAUCACACAGAUCACGCCGCUCUUCGUCGUCUUCUACGGGCUGAUGCAGUCAUCGGGCAACCUGGGGCCAGGGGAUAUGCUGGGGCUCAUCAGCAGCGAGUCGUACGCGACGGCGGUGCGCGGGACGUGCUACGGUCUCUCGGCUGCCGUCGGCAAGGUCGGUGCCGCCCUCGGCACUGAGGCCUUUACACCCAUCCAGAACGGCCUGGGCAAGCGCUGGACCUUCAUCGUCGCCGCACUCUGCGGCGUCACGGGCGUCCUGGUCACGAGGUUCUUCGUCCGCGACCUCAGGGGCGAGGACCUCGCCGUCGAGGACGAGAGCUUCCGCGCGUACCUCCUCGCGAGCGGCUGGGAUGGCGAGAUGGGUGAGGCCGACCUCAAGGGGUCGGCGCAGGAUGGCGUCGCACCGGGUCUCGUGGCCGAGGUCGAGGACAAGAAGGGCCUUGGGCACUAA